AUGAACGAGGGUGCGCGAAAGGGCCGCCGGGUGCUGAGUCGAGCCUCGUUGAUUGCAGCGUGCUGGCUGCUCAGCCGGGCGGCUAUUGUGAAAGUCUGGGUGCCUAUGGCGCUCGUCGACGAGAUGCACCGAGCACGGCGCAUAGAUGACUCGCCGGGCGCCCUCCACAUCUGCACGGAGGCCAGCCUGUUGAUCAUUGCUCACGUUCGGGAGAUGCAGCUCUGUCAGUGUCCACUGCCGGCUGCCUCUCUCCACCGGCGUCGCGAAUCGCCAAACGCACCGGUCCUCUCUGCCUUGCGCCCACGAGGAUGCCGUCCGGAGCAGUUUCGACGGAGAUUUACCAUCGUGGCCGUCUGCAUCUUCGCGACCGCGCGUGGUGGCAGCGCCCUCGACGCCGUUGUCGCCUCCGCAGCUCGUGACCGCCAUUCCCCAGGGCGACUUCAAGCUUCUGCACGCCCGCCACCGAGUCACACAACGCGCGACACGCUGGGUCCUCCGCCAGACCCGCUCAAAUCGAUAAACACCAUGACAAGCAUCGCGCGCACGUUUGGUGGAGAUUAA